GUGCCCCCCCGGUACCCCAGAACUGUGCCAGGAGCAAGGAGAAGGCUCAGGGCACGGCUGGCAGUGCCCCCCUGGUACACCAGAAUGGCUCUACCGGCCCUGGUGCCCCCGCUCAGAGCAAGAAGAAGGUUCAGGGGGUGGCUGGCAGUGCCCCCGUGGUACCCCAGAACCCCACUAGGAGCAAGGAGAAGGCUCAGGGCACGGCUGGCAGUGCCCCCCCCGGCGCCCCACAAGCUGGUGGCCAUGGACUGCGAGAUGGUGGGCACGGGCCCCGGCGGGCGCUGCAGCGCGCUGGCCCGCUGCAGCGUGGUCAGCUACGAGGGGGACGUGCUGUACCGCUUCGUGCGGCCCGAGGAGCCCGUGGUGGACUACCGCACCCGCUGGAGCGGCGUGCGCCCGCGGCACAUGGCCACCGCCGCGCCCUUCCGCACCGCCCGGCAGCAGGUUCUGAAGAUCCUGGCUGGGAAGGUGGUGGUGGGCCACGCCAUCCACAACGACUUCAAGGCCCUGCACUACUGCCACCCCAAAGCCCUGACCAGGGACACGUCGCAGAUCCCGCUGCUGAACCGCAGGGCUGGCUUCCCCGAGAACGUGGCCAUCUCCCUGAAGCGCCUCACCAAGGCCCUGCUGAACCAGGACAUCCAGGUGGGGAAGGGGGGCCACUCCUCGGUGGAGGACGCCCGAGCCACCAUGGAGCUCUACAAGGUGGUGGAGGAGGAGUGGGAGCAGCACCUGCAGCAGAACCCGGAGCAGAAUGACACCCUGGGGGGCUCAGAGUGACACCCCCAGCCUGGUCCUGCCUUUGGGGGGUGCUCAGAAUGACACCCCCAGAGUGACACCAGAGUGACAGGUCUGGUCCUGCCUCUGGUGGGGGGCUCAGUGACACCCCCAGCCUGGUCCUGCCUUUGGGGGGUGCUCAGAGUGACACCCCCAGCCUGGUCCUGCUUCUGGGGGGGCUCAGAGUGACACCCCCAGAGUGACAGGUCUGGUCCUGCCUCUGGUGGGGCACACAGUGACACCCCCAGAGUGACACCAGAGUGACAGGUCUGGUCCUGCCUCUGGUGGGGCACACA